AUGGAUUCUGCGGCACAACCAACCGAGGAAUCCAAUGUCCAGAAGCGCGUUAUUGGGUACUGGGAGGCUUGGAACAUGGACCAUAAUUGUGGGACCAUGGAGCCUGGUGAAAUUCCUGUUAACUUGCUUAGCCAUUUGAUCAUUUCUUUUGGCUACAUCAGCCAUGACUUCAAGGUUACAAACAUGGACGGUGUAUCUCCUAAGUUAUAUCAGAUCGUUGGUGAUCUGAAGCAGCGCAAUCCGAAGCUCAAGAUCAUGAUUGCUCUUGGGGGAUGGACUUUCAAUGACCCCGGAACCUGGCAGAGUGUGUUUCCGACAAUGGUGUCCAGUGAAACCAACCGGAAGACAUUCAUUAAUAACCUUCUUGGAUUUCUCUCCGAGUAUGGCUACGAUGGUGUUGACUUUGACUGGGAGUAUCCUGGGGCCGAUGACCGUGGUGGCUCUGCCGAUGAUGGAGCCAACUAUGCCAAGCUUCUCAGGGAGCUCAAAGAUGCAAUCAAAGACAGCGGCCGUGACUAUCUUGUCACCUUCACAUCUCCAACAUCCUACUGGUAUCUUCGCCACUUUGAUCUGAAGGCGAUGGCUGAUAAUGUCGACUGGAUUAAUCUGAUGGCAUAUGACCUUCACGGUGAAUGGGAUAGAGAUAAUCCAAUCGGCAGUCGAGUCCUCGCUCACACCAACUUGACUGGUAUUGAUGAAGCACUUGAUCUGUUCUGGCGAGUGGAUAUCGAUCCUUUUGAUAUUGUCCUCGGCUUAGGAUUCUAUGGCCGGACCUUUAAGCUUCGUGAUGCUUCGUGCUGGAAGCCCGGAUGUGAAUUCAGCGGUGCUGGUGCAAAAGGUCCCUGCACUGAUACUGAGGGAAUUCUCUCAUAUAGGGAAAUCUCGCAGAUCCGUAAGGAUACUGGGGGCACUGCCUAUCUUGACAAAGAGGCUGCUGUCAGGUAUAUGGUAUACGAUGACAAUAGCUGGGUUUCUUUUGACGACGAGACUACGUUCAAGAUGAAAAUCGACUAUGCCAAUAAAAUGGGUCUUUCCGGUCUGAUGAUCUGGGCGAUUGAUCUUGAUGAUAACCGUCUCAGCGCCUUGCGAGCUGUGUCUGAUUCAGAUGCUCUGGAAAGUUCCGGAUCUGCAUUUGAUCUUGUCGAUUAUGCCCACAUCUUCCCCUCGGACAUUCGUCCACUAAAUUCCACGAAACCCGUUUACGGCAUUUCGACCUUUGGAGGUGGUGACUCUAUGAGUCCCAAUGGAGGUGGCUUUGGUUUCCUUCUUGUUGCUGGUGAGUCCCAUGCCGUCUCGAGACUGCGAAGGCGAGACAACGAGCCGGAGCCUUUUCACUUCCUCGACUGCCCUUCAGAUGUUGCGGAUGCUCCCAAAGACCACAUUCAUACAGCUCGAGUCGUUUGCCUCAGUGAUGACCUGAACGGGUGCUUCCAAGUGAUGGAGCGAGGCGUCGAGGGCACCAUCGUGGAGAUGCCCGACAAUUGCGCUCCUGACACAUUCGCCCGAGCUGUUUCUUUGCAGCCUUCCCAGAACCAGGCUGUGUCCGCCGAGAUCAAGAAGCGGAACCCUACAUCCCAGGUCUACGACUUCAAGUUUGACUACAAUAUGGGCCUGAGUCGGCGUGAUACGACCAACAGAACGAGUAUCCGCUUAGAUUACUCGAACGUCAAAGGAUACUGGGACAAAACAGUGGACUCGCCCGGAGUCGAGGAUGACGACGGCGUGAUGGAAGCACGAUCCAGAGUCAAAAGGUUCUGGUCGUCCAGCCCCAAGGACUGGAAGAGGAGCUAUACGUCCUCACGCGCACACGCAGACUUUGAAUACGAUAGCACCAAUGCCAUCCCUAUCAAGCGGAACAUCAGCGAGCUGGUUUGGUAUCAGACUGCCAGAGAUUGUGAAGUGGAGGGAGAAGAUUGGGGCGAAGCCUUUGCAGCCUAUGUCGUUGGUAAAAUUGAUGCUAAAAUGUACAUUGGCUUCUCGAUGGUUGCUGAGUACUACGACAAGCUCUAUGUCUCACAGGCCAACGGUUUUAUCACGGCCGGCGGUCAGAGUGAUCUGACAUAUGGCAUUGACGGCUUCAGUGAGGUCGAUUUCUCCAGGGCAGAUAUGGGUAAUCCAAUUCACGGCGCGACACGAUCCUUCGAUCUGAAAGGAAUGACCAUCAGUGCUGGUAAAAACAGUUUCGUGUCUUUCAGCCCCUACCUUGACGUCAGCUAUGAGCUCGCCUCUUUCAACGGAUCCAACAGUACGUCCUUCAGCAACAGUGCCACAAGCUUCAUCGGCCAUCUCGAGGCGCGAGUGAUCCAGGACUUCUCCAAUGUUACUGCAUACUGGCCAAUUGACUUUCCAGAGAGCGAAAAACCUGAGUCUGGCAAAUUUGCACCGAAUGAGAUCUUUGUCAACAACAACAACAAGGUCUGGUACAGUGACGGCGACGGCGGCAAGCUGGCCGUCGGCACCUUCCUAAGAUUUGGCGUCAAUAUCCACCUUGACGUACAUGGGCAAGAUCGCCGUACACUCGAAUCGACCGCAGUUGGAGAUAUGGCAUUGAUGUACAACACCGUCUCAGAUUUCGCCUUCUAUCCUGCGGAUGAUGAUUCUGAUAUGUCUUGUACCGAUUUCACGGUUGCGACCGUUGUCUUUCAACAGGCCCAAUCAAAGGCACUGGAGAAAGCCUAUUGGACCAAUGAAUCUCCUCGGCUUGGAGACGACCUCCAAACACCUGGCCGUGGAGCCGUCUGUUACCCCAAUUAUGUCACCAGUCAUGAUGCCAAACGUAGCCUUAGGUAUGAGAAUGUCCACAACUCCUCUAGCCUCCCCGAAGAGGUUCAGGGAACCAGCCUCAAGCUCCGCGGGGAUCCAGGUGAAUACAUGGCCUUUCCUGGGGACUUCAACUACGGGAGUCUCAAGUCCAAGCCGCCGACUGCAAGUGAGAUCCUUGACAAGAACGUGUUGGAGUGGAUCGGGGACGCAACUGAGGGCGCCAUUGGAUGUAAAGACUGUGGGUCGUGCACCGAUACUAAAGACAAGAAGAAAAAGAAGAGACCCUGUUGUGGUUGCGUGAGUAUGGACUACAAGUGGUCCUACAGUGAUAUCCCGUCUUAUAAGGACUGUGAUGCCUGUUCAUCAAGCCCUUCAAACAGACAGUGGCCCUACGGAGGUAAUAUCGUUGUGCCAGGCCCACUCAAGCAGCGAGGCCUUGAACCAUCGUCCGAAUAUGAAGACGAGGAAUUCAAGGGCAACUCAACGCUUCAUCAACUUCACAGCCGGGAACCUGGAAGGGCGAAUAUGGGCAAGAAGUACGUCUCGAUGUGCGGAGAGAGGGAAUUCGCCAAUUCCCCUGGCAAGUAUCCUCAAUUUCCCCAAGAUGCCUCCUCCCCGUGGGUCGGGAUUCAGAAUGGAAAAUGGGAUUCCAUCUCAAGAUGGUGGGGAAACACCUCUUCCUUAUGCAGCGACUGGAGUGUCGGACCCUUGGAGGAACACGACGUGGAAUUGACACCCGUUGGGAUACAUCGAGCCCAGUAUCAGACCGAACAUGUCUUUGAAGGCCAACUCAUUGGCGACUUCUUCACCCAUUGGCUUGACAAAGGUAAAAUUGUCAAUCAGUUACCGAUGCCAAGGAACCCGCAACCCAUAUGGUCCUGCGAAAAUGCACUUCAAUACGUCCACGAAGGUAAGUCGUGGAGUAUUACAGACAGCAAUGGGCAUAAAGAGGGCGCGUCUUUCCUUGAGGUGCUUCUACGAGAACUUGGCAGCGAAGAGCACCUGGAUAGGCUGACGAUCUUCAAAGGCCGAGCCAAUGGAAUGAAAGGCGGAAUGUUUGGAGGAAGCCAAGCUGCCGAUCGGAGAAGCUGGAGAAGGAAAAGCGCAGACGAGCAGCUUCAAACCACCAAGACAAUGGGCAUGGUCUUCGAAUACAUAAAUCACCCAGAUGUAUGGGAGAAGUUCUGUACCACAUACGAAGCCAUUUAUGACCGUCUAGGUGAAUUUGACGAGUACCACUCUCAGAAAGGCAACAGCUUCCCUGUAUUGCAAGACGAAUGGCCCAAGUAUAUCGAUGCUGUUCUCAAGUCCAUGGCCAAUCGGUCAAAGGGGACUCUCUCGUGGAUGUUCCAGCAGCGAGCAGAGAAGAAUAACAAGUUCUACAGUCUCAUUUGGGGAAUCAAUGUUGGCAAGAAUGUUCGCAAGAUCACCUUGCCUGGGAAGUGUCCUAAUCUGCCUCGGUCUUAG